AUGGGGACCGAUGGGGACAGAAUCACCACCGGACCAGACGGGUGCACUACGCACCCGUCUGGAUUUGCAGCAGAGCCACAAGAGUGCGAGGGAAGAGGGAGGGGGAAGGGUAGAGGGGAGGAGAAGGGUGGCAUUGGAGGAGGUGCUAAUGGAGGAGCCGAUGGUGAUGCUGGAGUUGGAGGAGGUGCAGGUAGUGGUGGUGAUGCUGGUGGUGGCGUUGGAGGAGGUGCUGGUGGAGGAACAUGUGGAGGUGUUGCUGAAGGAGCAGGUGGUGGUGCAGGAGGUGGGGCUGGUAGUGGAGUUGGGGUGGAACAGGCGGGAGAGUAG